GUGUAGAGGGGCAGGGAAACCGCCUGGGUUUCAUUUCCUCUCAUAUUAUUGAUAUCAGUAAAGACUGUUUUGAUGUAAAAGAACACAUUUAAUCACAUAAUUAUAUACAUUUGGACCAAAUCUGUAGACAAAUGCAAGAGCAGGAGGUGUGAGAGUUGGGAUGUACUAUAGAACCAGAGUGAGGGACAUAUGUAACUCCCAUCCCAACUCCAUCCUUCUACCUCUCAAAUAAAUAAAUAAUAAAUCAGCUUUAUUUACAAAACCAGAUGACUACAGACUGGAUGAAGGAGACAUUUAUAAAGGCUAGUCUUUCAAAAUAGAAGUUAACUUACUGCUGCAAGUUCAUCUGAAAUAUCAGAGCAGAUAAUUAGGCUAAUCAGUUUCAAUUUUGACAAUUAAUUAAUCUUUUUGGUCUCAAGUUCACAAAUGUGAAAGGUUGCUUGCUCUUCUGUUUUAUAGCUGGUCGUCCCACAUGUGCCCACAGACAUCUAUCUUUAGCUCCUUCGGAGGUGAGCCAGGUUGCAGUGACAUGGUAAUAUUUUUUGAGUGGUACCGGAUGGCCGUGGACCAGAAGAGCAGCAGUGGUUUGCCAAUGACUGGUGAAGACACUGGUUUGGGGGCUUUGGCCUCACCACUGGCAGGGUAUUUGGGAAAAGUUCAGGAAAGGGCUGCUUCACUGGAGUAUUGUCCUUGGUGUAUUUCGAAGGGCUUGACCUACGCUCUGCGCUCUUACCACAUCAACCUCCAGGAGUCAAUCACCCUCUGCACAAACCCACAGUGCCUUUUCCCUCUGGUCAGCCAGCCCUUGGAGGAUGUUUUGGCUGGCUUAAAUCCUGUGAAGCCCACUGUUGGGAACAAAAGAAAAAAUGCCUUGGCACUGGAAAAGGAAGAGUCGAUUGGACCCGUACAAAAACGCCUGCGAUCAUGUGACCUUGAGAGUCUUGGGCCACAAAGUAUUACGGACACACUAAUCGGCAAAGCAGAGCUUGGUGCUGUAAACGUUGUCAGUAAUGGCCAACAUGCAGCACCCAAGACCGACGAUGAGAAGUCAAAUGGAUACAGGGAGUCUCCGGUUGCAGAGACAACAGGACGGGAGUCACUACAAGAUGAUGAUGAUCUUCUGGACAAGGAACCAGAGGAUGCUGCUUGUACAGAUGGUUUUGCUCCUCCUACAUGCUUGACACCAGCUGGACACCUGCAGUGCUCAUCAGAAGCCUUGGUGACCGUUGAUGGAGAUGAACCUGCCUCUUCUCCUCACCGUGGUGCAUCAGAGGCACUGGACGACUUGAGACAGGUGAAGAGUCCUCCUGAGGUGCUGAACAGACGCUGCAGUCUGGACUCCAAUCAGUCCCUUUUCACAAAUGAGGACAUUUAUUCAAUUGAAAUCAAUACAUCAUCGUCUCCGCACAAUGAGCAGACCGCAAGGACAGAACAGAAAUCACUGCCUGCAGACAUCACCGCAUGUAAGGAUAUCAAGUCAGAAACUGAGGAUAUGACCUCGACCACGAUAACGGAGUCAGAGGAGCUUGUAUCUGUUCCCAGUCAACUUUUCUGGAGGAACAGCGACAACCUGUGUUGGUUGGACUCACUGCUUGUUGCUUUGGUGAACUGUAAGAGCUUGAGAAAGUGUAAACCUGAAGAUGAACCUCAGUGGUCGUCUGUCUGGCAGCUGAUGAGAGGAUAUGAAGACGUUUGUGCUGCCAUCCAAGUCCAUCAACAGACCGGCAGAGAUGGUGUGGUGAGGGUGCCACAUCAUGUGCUACAAAAGGCCAAUGCGGACCUACAGAGGCUCAGGAUGUCGAGCUUCAAACUAUUGCAGCCCAAGCUGCACUGCAAACUGGGUCAAAAUGAAACUCCGGUAUUUGCCAUGCCGCUGCUGCUAAGGAUGGACUCUUGGGUGGAGCCUCUCUUCCAGUCGACCUUUCACUGGGAGUUCAAGUGCAGCGAAUGCAAAACCGCCACGAAAGAAAGGGUUGUGAAAACUCUCCCCACCUUCACAAAUGUUUUGCCUGAUUGGUGCCCACUUGAUGCGGUCCACUUGGCCCCGUGCAAUGUGUGCCGCCAGAAGAAUCAGAGGAGGACUAUGGUGCUGGAGAGCGUGCCUCCAGUGUUUGCUCUGCACUUUGUAGAGGGACUUCCUGACAACGAUGUCAGAAUCUACACCUUCACCUUCAAGGGCAAACGCUACUCCGUCACCACUGUCAUACAGUACAACCAUCAACUCAAACACUUUGUCACCUGGAUUUGUAAUUCUGAUGGAUCGUGGCUGGAAUAUGACGACCUGAAACAUCCAGACUGUCAGACCCACCAAAAGCUCUCGAUCCCUGCUCAGGAGAUGCACCUCGUCUUCUGGGAGGUGGAGGAGGAUAAAGACCCUCGUGCCUGUUCGCCCUCCAGCACGUUCGCUGAAUCUAACCCAUCUAGAAAUGAGAUGAACCCCGGUCGAGGCGACUCGGCAGACGAACCGUUGGCUUGUACUCCCGACCAGUCUCUCCUCGUGUCUCACGACGACACCGACAUCGUCUGUGCCCUCUCUGCAUCUGAAGACGGCAGCAGCAUCAUGGACACGACGGCCGUCGUCGACACAUCGAUAGGUUCCACGACGCUGCUCGACACCUUCGACGGCCUUUCCCUUAAUAACAUCGUUACGCUCACACUGGUGGAAUUAAAAGUUGAUUCAGAAAUGCAGCCUUUAAACGACAACGAACAAACCGAGGAGCUGAGCGUUCCCAGACACGUUGAAAUACUUGACUCUACGCCGGAUAGCUCCUCCGCUGCAACAGGGGGUGAAGUGGCUCACGACCCCGAUGUUGAGCUCGCCACCACCUCCACUUCAUCCGAGGACGGAUCGUCCAGUGAUCCGACAUUCGUGCCCGGUGGCAAGAGAGGACGAGGGAGAGGGAGAGGGAGAGCAGCUGGCAGACAAAAAGUUAAAAAGGCAGCCGUGCCAAAAGCAACUCCGCAUAUUUCACCACCUGCAUCUUCGGGACCCUCCAAAGUAAUCGGUAGCGAACCCGUGACUGCCGCAGCUGCUCCUGGUGACACACCACCUGUUGAAACACCGCAAGCGUCCCCUGUGUCUUCUACAGACACCCCACCCAUGUCCACCGGUCAGAAAAGUCCCACAAUGUCUGAUCAGAACGCUCGCUGGUCCUACCUGCUCAGCAAACACCCACUAAGCCACGCUCACAAGUCGAUGGCUAAACCCCCACCUACCUCAGGUAAAGUUAAGCCCACUCCUCCAUCUCACUCUACGCCCAACCCUGUUAGAAGACUGCAACCUGGAGGACUCUUCCAGAAACCACAGCUCAGGACAGAGAGCGAGGGUCUCCCGCUAAAAGCUGCAGAAAUGUACUGCGGGUUCGGCGCAAAGAGCUCAAACACCCCAAGUCCGCUCCCGUCUCCUGCUCUUCUCAACGGCAAACCAACGCUGCCUCAACUCCUGAAAUCUCUAACGAACACUACAGCGGCGUCUGGCACGUCGCUCGCUGUGCCUGGAGCAACGCGUCUCCCUGAAGUAUUCUCCUCAAAGAAACACGGCAGCCAUUCCUCGAAGCUUCCUCCGGGUCUCAGCGACACAGAAGCCCUCAGGUACAAGCUGAUAAAGAAACUGAAGGCAAAGAAGAAGAAGCUCGCCAAGCUGAAUGAAAUGUUGGGUGGCGCCAGCCUCCGCCCGGACAGCACCGCCCUUAGCUCGCCUAUCACCGUCACCUCCAGCACCUACGACGGCUCCGUCUGCGACGACUUCCUCUCGGACCUGCUCUCGCCGGCGACGACGGCCAGCAACCUUUCGCCAGACAGCACGGGCUUCCUCGAGAUGCUCGCCAUCGGCCAAGACGGAGCAGAACAGUUGGACCGUGGGGUCAACGCAGUGGGUGCGGCGUCACAAAUGAACGCGCCCAACAACGAAAACUUCCUGGAAGAGUUUCUCUCGCAGGCCGUGGCUGAGAGACCGACUGAGAUGGAGACGGAGGCGCUCAGUGCACUUGAACUUUUCAUUUGAUCUGUGGGGGGGGGGGAUAUGUGUUGUCUGUAAGCUCCAAGCACAGACAGCAUUACUUCAUAUCAUGAGGACAAUCAUGCAAAAUGAACUGUUCCACAUGAAGAUGCAGUUUGCAGGUUCAAAGUAGUGAAAUCUAGCUCUGCAUAUUUAUGUUGCUUUUCAUUUUGGUGGAUUAUAUGCAUGUUAACAUGUUGGAUGGAUGACAUUUGUUAACCUUAAAACUCUCUCUGCUAGUUUGGCACUUUAUAGUGUAAAUACUGUACGUAACUGAGUUGUAUGAAGCGAUCGUAUUUACAGCCAAAGCUGUUUGUUUGCUUGUUUGUUUUUUAUUUUGACAAAUUACUUGAAAAUUCUCAUUAAACUUUCACUAAAGUGUCAUUAAAUUAAUACUUUAGAUGA